AUGUCCAAGAUCUAUAAUGAUUCCUACAUCUACUGCCCCAAACUGGCGACCCACCGAACCCUAGACGGGUUUUCCGCCAAUUCGGUCCAUCACUUGUCCCAGCUCUACUUUUGCCCCUCGUGCCAGGCCCACAAAUCACGCUACGACUGCUACCACAAUAUUGAGUGCAAGUUUUGCUCCCAUUGCAUCACAGACUACUCCCACACCUCCAAUGACACCCAAAGGUGUGCCAAAAACUGCUUCGUGUGUCCGUCGUGCACCUCGUCGUUGACCAUCUUCAUCACUGAUCACCAAAUCAACGGCAAGCUAGGCAAGGCCUUCCAGUUCUCGUGUGUGUACUGUACGUACACAUAUCAGUCUGGCGUCAUCACCAGCCCCAAAUCAUUGCAUUCCAUCAUCAGCUCGGAAAAGAAAGAAGCCCAGCACCAGACCUUCUACAAGUACCAGCAACAGCUUUCGACCGCGUCAGAUGCGCCAGUGAAACAGUCGGAAACAAGGUUGAAAAACUUGUCGUUAUCAAAUAUCUCUCGAACACCGGAUAGUCCCAUCGAUACACUAGGACCAGAAGAUAUAUCUGAGGUAAGAAACAGGGUAGAGAUAACGACACAUCCCGACCAUUCCAACCAGUACCCUGUGGCCCGGAAAUUGACCGUGAAAAAGUCCUACAAGUGUUUGAACUGCAACACGUUCCUCCUUCUUCCCCACACAGAAGACGGCCUAUUACCAACCACAAAUAAGCUCAGAGUCAAAUUCAAUGCUGUGGAUUACAUGCCGUCUAUAAAGUUGACCAACACUAUAUCUCCUACCAUUCUCACCACGCCCCCAACUGAAACAAGGAACUUGCAAUUGGAGUGCCGACGUACCUUCUUAAUCAACCUAAUGAACCCGCUAGAGGUAGACAUGAAGAUCCAUGUGGGUAGUCUGCCGUACAUUGCCGACAACUUCAUUACUGGGGGAAACAAACUGAAAUUCAAAGUAGAGUUGAGCAUCCCCAUUCCUGACAUCGUUAUCAAAUCAUCAGGUUCGACCAAGAACCUCAUCAAAACUAUUCCCACCGCAUGCUUGACUACCAAGAACACUAUAUCGAAAGCAGAGCUCAUUUCACGAAUGGGAAGUGCAUUAUUCAAGGAAAAACCUGAGGAUACCCUGGACGUAUCGGAAUCUUCUGAAUCGCUAGUUGCUCAAGGAGCUGGCUGGAGUCUGAUCCCACUUUUUAUUUCUGUGCAAAUGAAUGAUGAGACCGACACUUGGGACUCCAGCGAUCUACUUGACAUUAAAAUUCCACUUUAUAUCACUGUGCAGGCGGAGUUGCCCCAGGCAAUCAAGGUAUUAAAGCUUUCAAAACAGAACUUGUCCUAUGGAUAUUGGAAUGUUAUUGAUAUAGGCACAUACCAAGUUACCAAAUAG